AGUUGAGUAGUUAUGAUAUGUUUGCUCUAAUUAUCCCAAAUCCUUAUUUUGUAACCCAAUAGGAAAGUAUUCUACUCAAAAAGAGAGAGAUAUGUAAAUUGCAAAAUGAUAAAAGUAGUGACAAAGUAGUGGCAGAGAACAACUACAGUGCAGAAAAACAAGAGCCAAAGAUUCUACUCUUGGGGUGACGGAUAUAAGCCAUCUGAGGAGAUUCAAAAGAGUCCAAGCCUUGAACUUGGAUUUCCAACUGUGGUAGCGGCGUGAGAGUCUUUGUUUUUGCAUCAGCAAAGACUCUUCUUCCUAAGGGGAAAAAGAAAUUUAAAUUUAAAAAAAGAAGAAAAGGAACCCACUGCUUACAGGCUACAGCUUACUUCUGUUGGCAUUUCUGUACAAGCAACAAGCUGCAUGGUUAGUGAGCUCUGAUCUGAUGUAUUCAUAAAGUGGUAAUUGAAGCAGAGGUAAGGUUUUAGUGUUUUGGGUGCACUGACAUUCAAGAAUCAAGGUCACUGCAAAAACGUCAGUAACAGGAUAAAGUCGAGAAAAAUGAUUGCUUGCAACAAGGAAGACAACAAAUGGAGUGAAAGGAAGAUGGAAGGAGAUGAUGGGUUGAGGACUGUGGAGUGCUUGAGAGGAAGGCUUCUUGCAGAGAGACAAGCUUCAAGGACAGCAAAAGAAGAUGCUGAACUAAUGGGCAAUAAGCUAAUAGAACUAGAAAACAAACUCAAAGAAGAGACCAAAUUAAGGAAUAAAGCUGAGAAGAGGCUCAAGUUGUUGAAGAAGAAGCUUGAAUCACUGAAAAUAUUGCCUAGUUUGGAAGAAUCAGAGCAGUCAAGUUCAUCCGAGAACUGUGCAGUUUCUAGUAUUUCAUCUACAAGUACUUCAGGUGCUAAAGACCCAGAAGAAUCUGCUUCCAAGUCUCAAAACACAGUUCCAGAAAUCUCAAAAAAUAUGGAGGAAAAUGCAUCAGAUACCACGACAUCUAUCAAAAGCCUUGACAUUCCUUUCGGUGAAGAAAAUUCAACUUCUCCAGGGACUACUCAAUCUGAUUCAAAAGAUUCUUCACAUAAAAGGUCCAGUGGUAAAUCAAGUUCAAGCCCUGAAGAUCCAAAGAUUGGGGAUGCAAGUUCUUCAAGCUUGAAAGCUUCAACAGUGGAGAUCGAUAUGAAGGGAAGAAAUGAGAAUUAUGAGGAUGAUGAUUUUGUUGAUAACUCAAUGGCAUUGGUUCCUCUGAAGCUACCAGAAACCAAGCUGGCCCCUGAGAUAAAGAUAGUCAGCAAAAGUAUAGGUGAAGUUCUUGAUACUCUUAGGCAUGCCAGGGAAAGAAUUCAGAAUUCAAUGGAAAGAAGACAAAUUAUUAGAGUUGGGCCAUCUUGAAUUCAUACAAGUAAACAGUAAUUAUUGUCCCAUUUAGAUAAUCAAACAGAAAGUGACAGAUGUUCCUUUCUUGCACUGAAGCAACAUGGCAGGACAGAUACAGUGAAAAAGGGCAUAAUGUCACUGGUAUUUAUAUUGCCUUGUUCAGAUGGUUUGGUUGGUAAUAAAGUUCUUUGAUAGCAUGUGAUGUGGGGAUGUGACCCUCCAUUUAGUACAUUGACUUGGCCCCCAAACUUUGGCCACUUGCCCUUUUUGAGAUAUCCUCUGCUUUAAGGUUGGAUUGGGUUUAAACAGUUGGAUCGUUUUCUGAUAUGUGAUUCAAGCUUAGAACCUAAAAAUAUUCAGCUUUGGGAUGACACUCACUCCAUGAAUUGUCUCUAGUUUUCUUCAAGCAAACUCUGUGAAUUAGGCCAACAAGAUUAAUCUGUCAACAGUAUUUCCAUGUGCAUAGAGCCAUAGAACAAAGCUCUCUACAGGCUUUUUGACCAGGGUAAGUGUUGCUGAUUUGCAUAGUUGAGAGUGCGCUAGGACCUAUUUCCAUGUGAUUUAGCAACCCAUUUGAUGGCUUUCCUCAAAUUCCUAGCUCAUCCAUGCCCUUUGACCUGGCAUGAGGGUGUUAGCUAAACUAGCUGGACAACCUUACUUGAUCACAACCCUUUCCUGGAAAAGCUGGAACAUGCCAGCUUAAUUGACACUAAAUACAGCCAACAGAUCAUUGAUCGAAAUUCGAUAACACGCAAUGAAACAGAUUCCCUUGGUUGAGAUAUGGAGUUUGGUCGGUGCUUUGAUUCACAUGCAGCUUGGCACGUGCUUUAAGUAAAUCUAUGUCAUGUUUUUGCCCCCCAAAAAAGGGAGAAAAGCUCUAAUUAAAGUUUUGCUAAGGAAUGUACUUAAAUUUAAUGCUUUAUUCUAAUAAGAAUUCUACUAAAAGUCCAAGUUUGUUUAUUUUCUGAUUGUAUUAUAAUAUUUGAAGUCUAUUUUAUUUUAAAUUGGA